AUGUACUACUUCUCCCGCGGUGACUUUCGUGGCAAGCUGGUAGGUUGGUGCAGCGGGCACGUUUGUGUGGCCCCCCUCCUUCCUCCUGUUCCCCCGGCUCUCAUGUACGCUACGCGUUCGAACCCGGUAGCUUUUUAUUCCUGGGGGACUUCACUUCCAGCCAUAAAGCGUCAAGCCGUUGAAGUUCAAGCAAAAGCAAACGAUAAUCUCCGUGCUUCACAGGCCAAUAAGUCUAGUCGAUACACACCUCUAACCGGCUACUUCAUCAUCACCUCCACCCGAGAGCACACCCUCGACACUCGAAAUGUUGCAAGCAGAGGGCAUCGAGAAGAACAGCCGAAGCGGAAGCAUCGACGAGGGGAAGAUCAGGAAUGCAAAAAAAGUAGCAACCCAUGGGGACAGCAGCAGUGA